CAAUGGAUAUACCCAAUACUGGAGCCAUUUUCACACUUGGCAAAUCGUAUUUAGCGGAAAACACUCACAGUUAUUUUUAUAUAAAAAAUGAUCCGAUAAAACGUCUGAUAUCAGGCCCGCAUCAGAGUGCAGUUAUAUGCGAAUCAGGACGACUUUUUGUGUGGGGUGAGAACCAGUACGGUCAGUUGGGCAUCGGAGGUAACAGUCACAACACAAACAAUCAUAACAACAACAACAACAAUAACAACAACGGCGAAAUAAUCACGAAACCCACCUGCGUUAAAUCGUUGAAAGCCUUAGGCCUGAAAAUUGCCGAUAUUGCAUUUGGAAGCAAUUGGGCGGUUAUACUGACAUAUUCCAAUGAACUCUUCUUUACCGGACAAAAUGUUUUCGCUAACGAAACAAAUGUUGCACGCAACUUUACCGAGGCAACAGUGUCUAAUGAGUCCUGCUCCAUUGUACGCAAACCAUUUCGUUUGGAGGAGUUUGACCAAUGUUUAUCGAAUAGCGAGGAGACGGAAAAUUUUGUGAGUGUAUUGGCAGGACAUGAGCACUUCGUCGUUAUGACAAGUUUUGGUCGCCUGCUUGCUUGGGGUUCCAAUGAAAAUUAUCAAUUAGGCACAACUAGCAAUGAAGUUAUGCAUCAGCCUUGUGAAAUUGUAUUGGACUCACCUAUACAACAAUAUACUUGUGGCCCUGAAUCAACACUAGUACUAACUGAAAAUGGCGGACUAUAUCUUACCGGAAGGUUAAACGAAUUUAUAUUUUCACAAUUCACAGAACUCCAAAAGAAUUUAUCAUCCACGGAGCAGAUUAUAUUUAUGCACAUAUCCAAAGCAAGUGAAAUAUACAUAGUAACAAACUCUGGUAGCAUUUACCGUAGUAUAGAGUCACUACGCAAUAAAAGUUUAAUUUUUCAACGUUUUUACGACUAUGAUAGCGAAGAAAAUGGACCAAUUUGGAAAUUACUAAAAGGUUUCUCAUUUUACACGGUGCUAACUAAAGCAAAUAAGUUUUAUACCACGUUUUCUGAAAGCGGUCAUCAUUUAAAGACAUUUCGCGAAAUAUCAAAAUUCAAAAAUCUUCGUAUUAUUGAUAUGGCAGUCGGAGAUCAACAUAUACUUGUGCACGGAAUACCAAAAUCAUCCACAUUGUCAGUAACUGUUGGACCAAGUGGGGAACAUCGCUUUAUGAGUCGCAGUUUCGUUAUUAAUGGAAAUGGUAGCAGAACUAACAGUGGUCGACAGAUUGCUAGAGAUAAGAUUUUAGAGGAAAGCGAAGAAGGAGUUAAUGAGAACAAUAAUAAUAUCUCCGCUGUAAAUGCGGAACGACAAGAAACUCCAAAACCAAAUACACCAGUACAUGAAAAUGAUGCACUUGUUAGCAGUAACUUAGUUACUAACAAUAUGAUUGAAAUAGUCAAAAAUGAGGAAAACCAAAAUGCUGAUGGCGAAGGUGAACACAUAGGCAACGGAGAGAUGAAUAAUAAUGAAAACAUAAAUGACAACAUUGUUGAGAAAGUAGAAAUUACAAACGUAGCAGAAAAUAAUAAUAGCACCGCUAAACUUGAGGAAAGUUUAAACGAUGCAAAACAAGGUUCAACAAACAAUAAAUCGCCGACAGAGUCUAUUAAGUCACGGAAGUCGAUUCGUUCUCUUAAAUUUGAGCCAGCUGUGCUACAAAAAGCUGAUUCCAGUAGUAAGUUAUUACGUCCACGCACACCAUAUCCCGAAGGCAGCAAUGGUGGCACUCCUCAAGCUCUAAAGCGUACACCUUUGCGUAACUACUCAUAUGAGGCAGCUAUGAAUCAUGAGUACAUUGAACACACUUCCCCAGCUUUAGUAGAUAGUUUAGAAAAUAUACCAGAAAGCGUUAAUGGUGAAACAGCACCAAUAACUGCAAUAGUAUCAUCCCCAACUCCACCUACCGAAGAAGAUGAGCAGCUAACUGUAGAAAUUAACACAACCCGAGAUGCUUUAGACCAUACCAUAUUAGUAAAUGAAAUCCGCUUUAUAAAUAAUGGCAUUGAUGUAACUGCAAAUGUGAAACAAAAAAUUACUGAAGAAUCGGAAGAAGAAAGUGAUAUUGACGUUGCAAGUAUCAACGGUUCAAUACAUGAAGCAGCAGAGGAAACAUAUAAGGAGGCUGAAGGCAUACUUAAUAAACUGGAACGAGAAAUAGAUGCGCAUGUCGAGAACGUUAAGGAAAUAAAAACCGAUUUGCAAGAAAAUGCCGUGGAAAAAGUAGAUGAACUUAAUAAUAAAAUAGAAACAAAAUAUUUGGAAACACGUACAGUAGCAGAAGAUAUGGUCAACAAAACUGCAACAGAUGCAUGGGAGACCGUCAACUUGAUUGAAAAAGACAUAGACAAAGCCAAAUAUAAAGCAGUGACGGCCAUAGAGGAGGACAUAAAUGAAACAAAAGAAAAGACCAACACGUUCACUGAAAAAGUAGAAGCCAAAUUGCUAGGGGCACGUGAAACUGUAGAAACUGCUGCAAAAAAUGCAGCUACUGGUGCUCGUGAAACUGUAGAAUCUGUCGGUGAAAAUGCUAAACGCAUGGCGAGCGAUGCUAAGCAGGCAGUUGAAAAUGCAGGUAGCAAUGCAAAGCAAGCAGUUGAGAAUGCAGGCAACAAUGCCAUUAAAGCAGCAGAUAACGCAAGAAGUUCUGUAGGUACUGCGGUUGAAAAUGCAUUAUUCAAGGUUGCUGACAAUACUAAAUAUGCUGUGGACACAGUUGCCUCAAAGAUAUCACAUGGCAUGCACGACGCUAAGGAAAACCUAUCUUCCCUGUUACAUGGCAAACAACAAACGCAACGAACGCCCGAUGAAGAUGACAACUCUUCAAAGGACGGUGGCGCAAAAACGAACACAACAGGUGAGGAUGAUGAACGUACAACGGCUUCGGUUAAUUCAAAUCAAAAUUCUAUUGGCAAUCCUUUUGAAGGUUCGAAUCCGUUUGAAAGUAAUAAUCCUUUUGAAAAUGAGUCAGAUGACGCUAUUCAACGUGGUAAACGUGCUUUACGUGAUGAAGUAAUGGCCACACAACGUUACGUGGAGCAUGAAGCAGAAGACGGAAAAGGCAAAGUGCGUCAAUUUUUUAGCGACAUGCGAGCUAAAAGCAAAAACAUUUCUUGCCGAAAUGAAAAGUCCAUACAAGUUGAUGAUGAGCCACCUCGUUAUGCUGUUAAUGGACAUUCUAACACGAAUAACCAACUUCAGCCAACAUCUAAAGUUUGCGUUUUGCUAUAGUUUUGUUCUCACAUCACUUGCAGAUUCCAAUUGAUUUUAUUUUACUUGCGUUACAAAUUCACAAAAUAUUAAAAAUUUUUUA